UGCCUGCCUGUGUUUGCACUGUAGAACAGAGAAGCGCGCAUGACAGCCAAGGACAAACUGGACAAACCUUUACUGCAGGCGAGAACAUCAGAGGAGCUGCUGGCGCGGAAGCCCAGAAAGCCGACGGCUGCCGAAUGCUGCGGAGGUGGCUGCGCCGUGUGUGUCAACGACAUUUACGCACAGGAACUGGCCAUCUGGGAAGACGAGUGCAUGCGAGAACUACAGUACGGUCCUGGAAACCGUGGAUCGCAACAGGGUCCAGCCAUAAGCCCUGACUACUACAAAUCAUUUGUGCUUCAGAACAUCAGGAAAAUGACUGAAUGCUGCUCAAAAUAUACCUUCGCAAUUGAUGACUUUGGAUGCCUUGGCUAUGGCGUUGGACAGCAUCUUAUAAUGAGAGCUUCUGUCGAUGGUGAAAUCGUAACUCGUCAGUACACUCCUGUUUCACAUCCAAGUGCCCGUGGCUUCUUCCAAGUAAUCAUCAAGGUCUAUCCCAAAGGAAAGAUGUCAAAGUACAUCAAGACACUGAAGGAAGGAUGUUCUGUGGAGUGGAGAGGUCCACUGGGAGGACUAGACUACAAGCCCAAUACGCACAAGCGCAUGUUGCUGCUUGCUGCUGGCACUGGGAUUGCCCCCAUGGUGCAAGUCUUGCGGCACAUCACAAGUAUGGAAGAAGACUACACCAUGGUUCGCUUGCUUUUUGGGACGGCAAAGUACAGAGACAUAUAUCUGAAGGAUGAGCUGGAUGAACUGAAACACUUCUGGAAUGUCAGCAUUCUGUACUGUCUCAGUGAUGAAGCAAAGGUUGAAGAUCUCAAGUACGGAGAUGAAGUUCACUGCAGAGAAAUCAAUGAAGAGCUUCUUGAAAUGGAGCUGUCAAAACACUGUACACCUCAUGUGCUUUUGUGUGGACCAAGUACAUUCAACAGCAGGUUUGUCAACUACCUUAAGAGGAGGACGGAUUCUGUGACAUGGCACGUUUUCUAAGGACAGUAGAUUUUAUAGUGCAAUAGUAUG